AUGGUGUUGUGGUUUCAGCUGCCGGCAGAGAUCCGCAGCAAGGUCUACGAAUACGUCUUCCGGGCAGUUGUCUUCAAGCCGCUGCAACUGCCCAACUUUCCGAUGGACACAGACCAAGCCAAUCGACUCCCAUCCCCAUCGUUCGCGUCCUUAGCAGUGUGCAGACAAUGGAAAAGCGAGGUCACGCCAUACCUCCUGCCAACGGGCACAUUCGACUUCACAGACCAUCCAGGAGACACUCCAUGCAUAGUUUCUCCCAAGGCAUAUGAGGUGAUGCGGCACGUGGUGAUUCUGGAAACUCAUUGCUUCAGUACGGAUUGGCUGCAUCAAGUCUUUGAUAAGAUGACCCAGGUGCGCACUAUGACGGUUCGAAAGCUGAGGAAAACUGGUCCUGUGGACAACAGUGUUUUUGACGGGCCGAGAUUGACGAAGACGUUCAUCGAAAAGGUUAAAAUUGACCCAAUCCAAACAUUGUUGACAGGAUAUCGCUUCGACCAUAUAUAUAUAAAAAAGAUGUUGAAGGAUAAAGGGCAGCAGGAGAGAAGAGUUGUCCUGGAAGGAAGUUUGUGGCUUGCUGACAACGCUGAGACAAUUCACUCGAAGUUUGCCGUUGAUCUGGACUCAUGGAAAGUCCGGAUUGAGGGAGUGCUGGAAGGAGGGACGGCGAUCGAAAUCCAGGCAGCCGAACCUGCUCCUGUCAAACCAGCUCAUUUCGAGGAUGAGGAAGGGAUGUUCGAGUAUAUGAUCAGUCAACAUUGGGCUUCAUUGCAGCACAGCCAAGGCAUAUACUAG